CAAUCGGCGCGGUCGGAGGUGGAGGAACCGGGCGAGGAGCCUGAGGGGAAAUGAGGCUUACCGAUAGGCGCGGGAAGGGGUCGAGGCAUGAGAGUGUGACUGGGAGGGAUCUAUCCUGAUGGAGCCACAGUGCAAACGGCAGAAGACAGCGGAGCUGGAAGAUGCCUUUCCUUGGCAAGUGGUGCCAGUUCUUUCCGAGAGGGAACUGCGACAUGUUGUACUAAUGCCAGUCUAUGCUGCCCCUGUCCUUGACAAGAAGGAGGCAUCUCGGUUGGUGAAGGAGGUCUCUGCCAUCUACCCACUGGGCGACUACCCGCACUUGAAGCGUGUCCGAGCUUGUGGCUCUGUGGACAGCUCACACCCACUGGAGAUGAUCUUGUGCCUGGCAAGUGGCAAACAAGAGCAGGAUGCUUUGCAGACUCUCUUGGAACUCUUCCCUGAUGGCCAACUGGACCUGUAUGGCUUGGGCGAACCAUUCCUGACCCAGGUGCCGGUCUACCCGCCCGUGACCAGAUUGCAGUAUGAGGAAGCUGCCUCACACUGGCCGGUCUCCUUCCACGAAAACAAGCGCAUCAGCCAGGCAAUGAGUGGGUGCCUGUUCACUCCAUCGGAGAAGGCCUCCAUGCAAAGCCACAUGAAGCUGGCCAUCCAAGCCGCGCAGAGAGGGGCAAGGCAGGGAAUGAAGCCGGUGGGUGCCGUGGUGGUUGACCCAGCUACUGGGAGGGUCCUGGCCGAGGGGCAUGACUGCAGAGAUGGCUUCAAUCCUCUCCUCCACGCCGCCAUGGUCUGCAUCGACCUGGUGGCCUGCGGCCAGGGAGGUGGGGCGUACAGCUUCCAAGAUUAUCCUGGCUGCACCUUCCUUCCAUCAGCCAACAACUUGGACCAAUCCCCUUCUUUGGCCAAUGGGCUUCCGUACAUCUGCACUGGUUAUGACAUGUACUUAACUCGGGAGCCUUGUGCGAUGUGUGCCAUGGCCCUGGUGCACUCCCGCAUCGAGAGGGUCUUCUAUGGGGUCCCAUCCCCUCAUGGAGCCCUAGGGACCAAGCACCACAUGCACUGCCGCAAAGACCUUAACCACCGCUACGAGGUCUUCCGGGGCAUUCUAGAGGACCAGUGCCGGAACUUGGAACACUUUUCAGGUCUUAAUAACCCGUAACAGAGGUUCUUUUU